UAACUCAAAAAUAGAUUAGCUAGCAGGGAUUGUUCCUUCUUCUUGUUGUUCAGAUUAGAACAUGAAAACAAGUGGGAUGAAGACAAAAGUACCCAUAAUCAAACCAAAAACUGAAAAACACACAAUAAUGUUUCCUUGGUACCCAGAUAUGGGUCCUCCGUCCUCAUAAUUAUGUCUUUGAUCAUUCACAAGCUAGCUGCUUCUUUUGUAUAACUAUUGCUAGUCUGAUAUCUCCUUAGUCUGCUGCUGCUACUACUAAAAGAGAAAAAGAAGGAAGAAAGUUAACUUUUUGAUUGAUUGCCUUUGAUUACUUCUUUUCUCUCAUGUAGUAUAGUAGUACCACAAGGCCAUCAGGCGCAAGUAGUACCACAUCUCUCUUCGAUCUUCACCACUCCCUGCUGCAAUUGUCUCAGGAAUCUUUCUACUUCUUCACAGUCCAACUCUGAUUCUGGUGCUCCUCAAAGCAGACCCACAAGCCCCAGAUUGGAGACCUGCUACUAUGCUUAAGCAAAUUUUAGCUAAACUCCCUAGGAAGUCAUUAAAAUCUGAUUCAUUAACCUCUGUUGGAAGUGAUUCUUGCAACACUAGUCCAAAUUCAGACAACGGCAUCCAAUUUACCAACACUUGCAGUGUGAUAUCGAGUAGACUGAAUGUAGUAAAGAGGAAGUCUUGGGCAAUUUUUCCUGCUAGCAUCAUAGCUGGAGGGGACUUGGUCGAGCCUCAUGUUCCUUUUAAAGAUGUUCCAAACGCUGAUAAACAGAGCUUAUUCGUGAGUAAGUUAAAUCUCUGCUGUUUGGUAUAUGACUUCAGCGAUCCAGGCAAGAACACCAAGGAGAAAGACCUUAAACACCAGAUAUUAUUAGAACUUGGUGAUUUUGUUGCUUCAGGUUCUGCAAAAUUCACUGAAUCAGCAAUUGCUGCAAUUUGCAAAAUGUGCACGGUUAACUUGUUCAGAGACUUUCCACCCCGAUAUCACUCUCAUGUUCCUCGUGGUGAAAGUGAAGAAGAAGAACCAUUAUUUGAUCCAGCUUGGUCCCAUUUGCAGCUUGUCUAUGAUCUGCUUCUCCGAGUCCUGAAUCAAAAUAGUCUUGAUGCAAAGCUAGCUAAGAAGUUCAUUGACCACUCUUUCAUUAUAAGGAUACUUGAUUUAUUUGACUCUGAGGAUCCAAGAGAAAGAGAUUGUUUGAAAUCAAUUCUGCAUCGUCUUUAUGGAAAGUUCAUGAUGCACAGGCCUUUUAUCAGAAAGGCUGUAAGCAAUAUAUUCUACCGAUUUGUUUUUGAGACUGAACGACAUAAUGGAAUUGCUGAGCUACUGGAGGUAUUUGGGAGUGUAAUAAGUGGGUUUGCUUUACCAUUGAAGGAGGAGCACAAAGUGUUCCUCUCCAGGGCUUUAAUUCCUUUACAUAAACCAAAAUCACUGGGUGUCUAUCAUCAGCAGUUGGCAUACUGUGUUGUACAGUUUGUUGAAAAGGAGCAAAAGUUGGCUGUAAUGGUGAUACAGGGGCUUCUGAAAUACUGGCCUGUAACAAGUAGUCAGAAGGAAUUGAUGUUUUUAAGUGAGUUAGAAGAGCUAUUGGAAAUGAUUAGCAUGGUAGACUUUGAGAAGAUCAUGGUGCCGUUGUUUCGGCGUAUGUCAUGCUGCCUCAACAGCUCCCACUUUCAGGUAGCUGAGAGAGCACACUUUUUGUGGAACAAUGAUCAUGUGCUUAAUCUCAUUGCACAUAACAGACAUGUUAUCAUGCCUAUGACCUUUUCAGCUUUGGAAUGGAACAGCCGGAACCACUGGAAUAAAACAGUUCUAAACCUUACACAGAAUUUAAGGAAGGUUUUAUCUGAAAUGGAUCAAGAACUGGCACUUGCCUGCCAAAACAAGGUGGAGGAGGAAAACUCAAAGUCAAGCUUGGCUGCUGAGAAGCGGAAAAUGACUUGGGAACGCCUUGAAACUGCUGCUAGCUGCCAAUCAAUAGUCAGUAGCAUUUCAGGAGUCAGAGAAUCAGCCUCUUGUGUUGUUAGCUACUAAUUGAUGAGAUAGACUCCUGUUCUUAUGUUUGCAUAGGAUCUGGGAGACAAAAUGAAUAGGAUAAAACUAGCUCCGCAAUAUAUACGGGUGAUCUUUGAUUAUCAUAAUAUCCCUUUGGAGCUCUGUUAUAUGGGAUGUCGACAAAUUGUUUCUGUGUUAUGAUGUGAAUUCAAGCUGUUUUUAAGGAUGACUGCAACUCACUGCUUCCUUAGUGUUCACAGCACUUGUAAUUUGCUCUGAUAAGCUACCCUUCCCCUUCCCUAGGGGUUACAAGGAAACCUUAUCUUCCUCCUCAGAAAUUGUCGUCACUUGUAACCAUUAUUGGUGAUGCCAAAGAUGAGUGCCUGCACUGAUAUAUAGUACUAUAAUAUCACAUCUACAUGUAUUAAGUUGCGAGGCUGAUCGUGGUUGAGGGCUCAGAUUCCAGAUUGUUGUGGUGAAGGCUGUUGGCAUGGCAUGUACAGUUCAGCUCAUCAUUGGUGUGGAAGUAGAGGUCCGUGAGAUUGCAUAGACAAUGGAAACUUGUGUUUUGCUCAGCCCUUUCCCUUGAGGAACAACUUUGUUCAGAAUGUUAAAUCAAUAUCAAGUUAUUAACACCA